AUGGAUUGCCUGGCAUCGCAUAUCCCACCGUCGCUGCACCAUCUGCUGGAGACUUACGCGCCUCCUGGAUCGGUGAAAUAUGUCCCCCACGUCGGCGUUGCGCUGACCUCCCUACUCGCCGUGUACGUGGGGUACCUCUACAUCCAGAGCUGGAAAGAGGCAGCAAUCACGUUCAAUGUGCCUAUCCCAACGGAAGUCCGCAAGAGCGGUGCGGGCACGACCUGGGAGGAGGUUCAGGGGCAACAGAAGAUGGUGUUGCAGGAUCAAGUUCGGGGAAAAUGGAACCACCAAUUGAUCAUGAGCUACUGUCCUGCCGAUGGUAGAGUGCUUGGAAAUGGUACAAAGCCCGCGACAGUCGACGAUGUGAACGAGGCCGUUCGGGCUGCGGGAGCUGCCCAGCGCGAGUGGGCCAAGUCCACUUUCGCUGAGCGCAGACAGGUUCUUCGGACAUUGCUCAAAUAUGUCCUCGACCACCAAGAUGAUCUCGUGACCGCAUGCUGCCUCGAUUCGGGAAAGACAAAAGUGGAUGCCUCAUUCGGAGAAAUCCUUGUGACAGUGGAAAAGCUGAAGUGGACUAUCGACCAUGGCGAGAAGGCGCUGCUUCCAGAGCGACGACCAACCAACUUCCUUAUGAUGUACAAGAAGAACAUGGUCACCUAUGAGCCUCUCGGUGUGGUGGGUGCCUGUGUGUCAUGGAACUACCCUCUACACAACUUCAUCGGCCCCGUCAUUAGCGCACUCUUCACUGGUAACGCAGUCGUGGUAAAGCCAUCCGAACAAACAGCAUGGUGUUCUAAGUUCUUCCUCGAAAUGGUCCGCGGCGCUCUUUCCGCCUGUGGCCACUCGCCCGAUCUCGUCCAGAUGCUCGUCUGCCUCCCCGGUGUGGCAGAUGCCUUCACCUCGCACCCAGACGUUGCCCAUUUGACCUUCAUUGGAUCUCGACCCGUUGCCCACAAGGUUUGCGCAUCGGCAGCCAAGGCCCUCAUUCCAGUCUGCGUUGAGCUCGGUGGCAAGGACCCAGCUGUUAUCCUCGAUGACUCUCGUACUAUUCGUAAUCUCUCCUCCAUCGCUUCGAUUCUCAUGCGCGGUGUUUUCCAAUCUGCCGGCCAAAAUUGCAUUGGUGUGGAGCGCAUCGUCGCCCUCCCAGGGGCAUACCAGCGUCUUAUUGAUAUCGUCACUCCCCGCAUUCAAAAGCUCCGCCUCGGCUCCAUCCUUCUUGAUAGCACGACCCCAGAUAUGGGCGCUAUGAUCUCCCCUGCCUCCUUCGCCGCCCUCGAAUCUCUGAUCAACGAAGCCGUUGAUCAGGGAGCCCGUCUCCUCGCCGGUGGCACUCAGCACAAGCACCCAGUCCACGAGCAUGGUCACUAUUUCGCCCCGACCCUCCUUGUAGACGUGACGCGUGAUAUGCGCAUUGCGCAGACUGAGCUCUUCGCACCCGUCUUCCUACUGAUGCGCGCUGAAUCUGUCGCCGACGCAAUUGCCAUCUCCAACUCAACACCCUACGCACUGGGCGCAAGCGUCUUCGGUCACAAUAGCGCAGAUGUUCAAGCUUGUGUUUCUAGCAUCUCCGCUGGAAUGGUGGCCAUCAAUGACUUCGGCAGCUACUAUGCUGUGCAGCUUCCAUUCGGCGGUGUGCGUGGAUCUGGAUACGGCCGAUUUGCGGGCGAGGAAGGAUUGCGUGGACUUUGCAAUACUAAGGCUGUUUGUGCCGAUCGCUUCCCUAAGUUGAUUGGCACUGCUAUCCCGCCACGCGUGGACUACCCUAUUCAGAAGAAAGAGGGUGCGGCCGGUGCGAAGGAUGGUCAGAAGGCUUGGGAAAUGUGCAAGGGCGUCGUUGAGACUGGAUAUCAGUAUACCCUUGGUGGGUGGAUUGCUGGUCUUUUCAGAUUGUUGGGUAACAUGUGA